CAGCUACCAAUGCCUCUUAAAACCUAAGGUACUCCUCAUUAAAGCUACAGACUGAUAGACAGCGAGCAGGGGAGGGCCGGAGACAGGUCUAAGAGAGGGAGAGGGAAGGAGAGUGAGAAAUUGUGAACAGGGAAAGUUAGAAAAUAAGCAGACCUAUGCUCACCUUUCCUUGACUGCUGCCUCCCUACUCCACUACCUGAGACACACAUACACACACAGGGAGGUGUUUCAGGGAGGCUUAGAGGGCUGACUCUGCAGGGAAGAAGGGAAUUAAACACUUUGUUUUCAAUCCACAGCGUCCAUACUCAGGACAAAAAAAAAGGGAUUACAGCUUGUACGCCUGCCCCACUUGUUCCUCUCUUCACUCUGCGUUUUGUCUUCACUGAGUCACUUUGGAGACUUUGGAUACAACCUUCUUGAAUUGUUGGUUCGGGCUCAGAAAGGCAUGGCACACGGACAAAAGAGCCCCAGGUGGGCAUUAACCCAGGGCUCCUUCAGCUUGGCACUGGGCUUGUCGCUCUUCUCCCUCCUCCUCCUCUUCCUCACCGCCUCAGCCGCAGAUGAGUACGACUACUACAGCUGGCAGUCGGACAACUUCCACAAUGGCCGCUUCUACACCAAGCAGCCCCAGUGUGUGGACAUACCAGCUGACCUGCGCCUGUGCCACAAUGUGGGCUACAAAAAGAUGAGGCUGCCCAACCUCCUGGACCACGAAACCAUGCCAGAGGUCAAGCAGCAGGCGGGUAGCUGGGUGCCCCUCCUGGCCAAACGGUGCCAUGCUGAUACCCAGGUCUUCCUGUGCUCGCUGUUUGCACCGGUGUGCCUGGACAGGCCCAUCUAUCCCUGCCGCUCACUGUGUGAGGCCGUGAGGGACAGCUGUGCUCCGGUGAUGGAGACCUAUGGCUUCCCCUGGCCAGAGAUGCUGACCUGUGAGAAGUUUCCCAUUGAUAAUGACCUCUGCAUCCCCAUGCAGUUCACUGGGAACCACGCGACCCAGCCACCAGUGUCGAAGGUGUGCCCUCCGUGUGACAAUGAGCUGAAAGCAGACAACAUAAUGGAGCAUUACUGCGCCAGUGACUUUGCCCUCAAGAUGAAAAUCAAGGAGGUGAAGAAGGAGAAGGGUGACAGGAAGCUGAUUGCAGCACAAAAGAAGAAGAAAGUCUUGAAGCAGGGUGUGCUGAGGAAGAAGGACCUGAAGAAACUGACCCUGUAUAUCAAGAAUGGCGCCAACUGCCCGUGUGCCCAGCUCGACAGCCUAGGCUCCAACUUCCUCAUCAUGGGCCGCAAAGUGGACCAGCAACUGCUGCUCAUGUCCAUUCACAAGUGGGACAAGAAGAGCAAGGAGCUCAAGUUCGCCAUCAAGUACAUGAAGUCUCAUCAGUGUCCCACCUACCACACCGUCUUCCAGUGACGCGGCUCGCUGCACUGUUUGCACGAUCCACCAUUGCUCCCCACAUUCCACCCUGUUCCACGUAGAUCCAAAGUCUGUGUCCCUGAACCCCCAGAUCCCUGCAAAAUCUCUUACCAGCACCGCAACAUAGUCCUACAAGGGUUAAGCAGGGCAGCCAAGCUUUUAUUUUCUCAGCUUUAACAUGAAUCAAGUUGUCAAGGGGGUCGUCCUGAUCUGCUUAGAUGAAUCAGACAUGUUAAUGUUGGAGAGGGGGGAAAGCUGCACACUCUGCAGCUCCCUCCUAACAAUAAAAGAAACCACAGAUUUUAUAACAAUUUGAAGGACAUUUUGAUCUACCCCCGUAAUUUAAUGGAACCUUCCUUUAAUAAUUGUACUUUUCUCUUCUGAUGUAGUAAAACUAAUCACUCGUACGAUAUCUUACAGAAACUUUAUCAAGACAGUGGCAUUAAGAAAUGGGAAUCUAAAGAUUUGAGGUAAACGUGUUUGUUAAUGUAAUGAUUCUAGACAUGGGGAGGGAGCUGAGGGGGAAAGCAGGGUUUGAUUCAGUGUAAGAAAGAGCUGAGAGAAAUGAUACGCUACAGUUCAUGUGGGCUGUGCAAUGAGUGCCCAGAAACAAACAUCAAAGCAAAGACAUGUAGAAAAUGUAUGUUCUAAUAAUGUAAAAAAAAGUAGGUAAUUCAGAUGAAUGCUAGAUGAUUAGGAAACUGGGCUUUUUUCUUUUAUCCCUGCUGGGAAAGAAGACCAAUGGACCGAGACAGACUGGAGGACUGGAUGAUGCUUCAACUGACAUUGUACAGCAACAUUCUUUUGUGGCCUGAAAGAGGGAAACUUGAAUAUUUUUUUGCUUUUUCAAUUGGAGAGCGAAGGAGGUAAAAAGCAGAGAAGACAUCUUCCUGAAAACAAGUGGAGAAAGAAAGAGAGAGAAAGAGACUCUGGACAGAACCAACGAUGUUGGGUUGAUACGUCUCUGGUACUCGCUGUUUUUCACUAUCACUCUUCAAAUGUGUAUUUGUUUUGUACUUAAAUGUUUUAAUUUGCUUCAGUUAAACCUUUGUUGUAUGAAAAGCAGGAAUCGUACAUACAGACAUAGCACCUAAAUUCACUGUUGCCGUAGCAGUAAAAGAUGAAGAUUUAACUUUGACAAUAUUUUCUAAUCAGUUAACCUGUAAGUACUGUAGUUCUGUUACUGAAAUACAUCUUUGUUUUACAAAAAAAGAAAAUGAAUAAAAUAUAUUUGAAAUUUUUAUAAAGAA